UACACGUCCUGUUGAGUACCACGCGCAAACAGCACUGCCAGUACCAUUAUAUACCAUCGGCCGAGUGUGUCGUCUCGUCGUCUCACAUUCUCCGAGCCCGCGAUUUUCAGCCAUGAACAAGCCGUUGCCGCCACCACCGCAGUACCCAUCGCAUUUGAUAAACUACAAAAUGCGCCGCCGCUCCGUGACCUACCGCUACUGCCCUAGUGCAGGGCCAAAAAAAGGAGUCAGUCAACUAAAAGCUAUUCCGGAAUACACUGUAAACAAGCAGAGUGAAGAAUAUCAGACAACUUCCUGGAAUAUAUUAGAAACCUCUAUCUCUAAUUUAAUUAAGCAUGUGAAUUCAGAAGCUAAAGCCAUUGAAAUUAAAAAGAAGAUUGUACGUUUGAAUAUUUGGCGUGGUAAAGGUAUACUUUGCAAGAAUAUUAUGGAAGCUCAGUUAAAUUCAACCAGAGAUACUCGCAUAUAUGCUUUUUUUAUUUCCCUUAUCUACGAUGUGGUUCCAUCAGUUGGAGAGUUACUAUUGGCAAGGUGUGUUUUUCAAUUUUGUGACGCAAAUAAGAAGAAAGAAAAAUGUAAAUAUUUAGCAUCAGUUCUAUUUAUUUCGUACUUGAUUAAUUACGAUGUAGUUUCUCCGUUAAUGGCAAUCAGAUUAUUACACUAUAUCAUCAAACAACCCACCCAGGAUUCAAUUGAUGCAUUUUUUGUGAUUCUAAAUACAUGUGGACAUAAAUUGAGGGAACAUUGUAUGGCAGAACUCAAUGCGAUUUUAGAUAGUAUCCAAGAUAAAGCGUUAUACAACAUACGGUUUUUCAGAAAGAUUAAACAUAUGAUACACAUAAUAUUAAAAACUAUUUCGCUUAAAAACAGCAAGCUUCCUGACCUAUUUAGAGUUCCUUUGAAUAUUUCUUUCAAUCAACCACUCACUUCAGAUCAAUAUUUGGACUCUUACUUUUACGAUCCGGAUUAUGAAGCCAGUGAACAAAUUUAUUCAUUAUUUCGUAAACAAAUAUUGGGAACUGAUAUUAAACAUGAAUACAUAUUAAUGUACGAUUAUAAUACCUAUGGUGCAGGAAAAAAGUCACGACAAAAAUUGGUGGUUAAGCGCACAGGAAAUCCAAAAAUAGACAAAAAAUCGAAAAUUUUAAAAAAUGUAGUAAAAGCCUUAAUGAACUCCACAUCAUUUAAGUAUGAAAAGUGCGCUUCUCUAUUAAUGAAAAUAAAAUUGAAACCUGGUCAAGAAAAAGAUAUUUGCUGUGUAUUUUUGGAGCUUUGCUGUGAGAAUGAUGAUUAUACUGAGAAUCUUGGACACAUAACACAAAUAUUUUGUCAGCUAAACAGAUUGCUAAUUGACCAGUUUGAGAAAUUGUUUGUUGACACAUACGCUAUUGUCAAUAGUCUCGACAAGAUAAAAUUACAAAAUGUUGCGAAAUAUUUCGCUCAACUGCUAUAUACUGAUACAAUUUCUUGGAUGGUUUUGUCAACAAUACAUCUGAAUGAAAAACAAACCACAGUAUCUACUGGAAAUUUUGUCAAGCAUUUGUUCCACGAGUUAGUUAAACAUAUCGGAGAACACAAUAUGAAUUAUUACAUUACAGAUCCAUCUUUGAAAGAUGCGUUUGAAGGAAUUUUCGGAAAUAAUCAGAACCAUUCCAGUUUUUCUGUCAAUUUGUUUUCACCUAUUGGUUUGGAUGGCUUAAUUCGUACAUUCCAAGACUCAUUGAUUUUCUAAUCCAAUUCAUAAUUUUCUGUGACUGAUAUCGUUGACCUUGGGUAAUUAUUAGCUGUAACAUAUUGGCUGCAACAAUUACCUACAUCGAUUCAACUUCAUCUCAUCACUUGUUAAAAACGUAAUUGGAGUUAUUAAAUCCAAUAUUUUAUUUUCAAGAUAUAUUAACUUUUAUAGUACAAAAUAUAUUUACUUAAUUUAAGAGUUAUAUAUUAAGAGUAUUUUUAAAGCUAUAGUUAUUGACUAUUAUAAUUAAAAAUAAUAAUUCAUCGGUUUUCUGUUUUUUUUAGAAUAAACAAUUAAUGCAUACAUCAACUUAAUAAUAUUUAGAAAAUAGGAUAGAUAAUAAUUUGAAACAUUAUUUUUUUGGUUUGAAAAUUAAUUAAUUUUUAAAAACUUCGGAAUUAAUAAGCUUUUUUAGUAAUAACAUCAUCUUCGUUAAAUUUCUAUGAUGAUAAGUUAUGUUAAACAAGCCAUCCAUCUCAUAAUGUUUGUACGGAGAUGAUGGGUUUGUUACAUACACAUGAAAUAAAACUUCAACAUUUAUUAGUACCUAUAACAGCAUAAUUCAUAUUCAGCAUGAUAUUAACGAUUUUUAUUAUUAUUAUACCUAGUCUUUAGGUUUAAUUGUUUAUUGUAAUAAUCGCACAAAUUAUUAAUUAUUUAUAAACAAUUUAUUUAAUUAUAAUACAACUAUUUGUCAAUAAAAAUAGUUUUUUUACUAUUGUGAAAUUUAACAACAAUUAUUAUUGUUAAAUA